CUCCCGGUCGGUGUGUUUGCGAUCGAUCGAUCCAAGAUGGAAGAAGUUGACAAUAUUAUCAUUCACACGUUCAGGCAAAUCGGCUGUGACAUCCCUGAAGAUGUGUCAAGCUUAAGGGAGUUCACCACAGCUAUGAUAGUGGCAGCAACAUCAAAAUGCCUUCGGUUGAUCAAGGAUGAUCUGCAGAUACCAUCUGUGCUGCCUGCUAGCAUGUCCUCAAAGUUUCGACUUGGGACAACUUUAGCUACUGCUUGCCAGGAGGUUGGUUACCGUGGUGAGAUAGGAUAUCAAACCUUUCUCUAUUCCAAUGAAGCUGAUAUCAGAAAGGUGUUUAUGUUUUUAGUGGAGAAUCUUCCAAAAGAGAGUUCAGAAUCUGCUAGUGAACCUUUAGGCUCCUCUGUGAUGCUGCACAGACGAAUAUCAGCUGAGUUGUCCAAACGACUGACUAGGCCUUGGACACCUUCAUUCUGCAAGAAAGAUAACAUUGGCUGGAGCGGAACAAAGCCAAGAGUCUGGCACAGAGAGGGAGCCAGAUCUGUCAGAAGAUUUCAUGCUUGUCCUCUGAGAGUCCCGGAAGGUCUUGGAGAUUUGACCAAGAAAAUGCCAAAAGAGUUGAAGAUGUACUACAACAGCAGUUCAAUGCCAUUCAUUACAAGUCAACCUUCAUCCCGUCAAGAUGUACCAGCAUCUGUGCUCGAGGCCAAUGCUAUAGCGGUUACCCUGGCUAACGAGUGGGAAAAUGAAUGGAAUCAGAGUGGACUAGCAUCACGACUAUCCAAAGAGGAAUACCUUGCACAGAAGAGGGAACGUUUGGAGAAAAAAAUCAAACAGCACUUGCAGAGUGAGCUGCAGAGAGCUAAUCAGAAUGCUGCUACAAAUGCUGACCUAAGUGACAUUGUCUCAUCUCUGUCAGACAGAACAUCAGGAAUUGCCGCACCAUCUAAGGGAUCCAGGUUUACUCGCACCGAACAACUUCAGUUUGCACAAGAUGAGCAAAAGGCCGCUGCCAUGGUGGGCCUGAGUGAGGAAGGACCUCCUAAAGUGGACACGGAAGAGGAAAUGAGGAAGAAGAGAGAGGAAGAACUGGAAGCGCUUCAGUCUAAACUAAGCGAACUGAACGCCUCCAUUGAACACGGUGAAGUGGAAAUCAGAAAAUCCCAGGCCGGUAUUCAACAGACAAACGAACAGAUAUCCAGCCAAAAGGCCAAGAACUCAGAACAGGAGGAGGUUUACAAAGUGAAGAAAAAAACCAUGGACUUGCUUCCUGACGCAGAGAAUAACAUCGCUAAAUUGCAGAGUGUUGUAGAUGCGAGCGCACAGCGACUUGUGAACUUGGCUCAGCAGUGGGAGAAACACAGGGCUCCUCUAAUUGAUCAGUACAGGGAACUCAAACAGCUCAAUGCCAACAGAGUGUCUGAGGCUCAGAAGCAACUGGAGGAGAUUAAAGCUUUGAGAGAAAGAAUGAAGGAAGUUGCAGAUGAAGCGAGAGGGAAAGAAGACAUUUAUAAACAAUUGGUUGUUGAAUAUGAGACCAUGAGCAAAGAUGUGAACCGGUCAGCGUACACUCGGCGUAUCCUGGAAAUUGUCGGAAACAUCAAGAAACAGAAAGAGGAAAUCAACAAGAUUCUCAUCGACACCAAAGAUGUUCAAAAGGAAAUAAACCAAUUAUCGGGGAAGCUGGAUCGAACCUUUGCUGUCACUGAUGAGCUUAUAUUUAGGGAUGCGAAGAAGGACGAGUCUUGUCGAAAAGCUUAUAAAUACUUGGCAAGCCUUCACGAGAACUGUAAAGAGCUGAUUGCCUCGGUGGAAGAGACUGGAUUGAUAGUGAGAGAGAUAAGAGAUUUGGAGGAUCAGAUUGAAAUGGAAAGUCAGAAGAACACAGCUACUAACCUGGAACGAAUCUCAGGGGAUUACAAACAGAUGAAAGAGGAGAAUAACACGCUGGCAAAGAAACUAAAAGCAGCCAAAUAAGUGAACAGGAAAUUAUUUUACACAAAUAGAUAUUUUUUAAUGAAUAGUGCAUCACGGAAUAAAGAAUUUGAUUGAAGUAACGUCUUUCAUCUGGA